AUGUCUUCGCCACGCACGCGUAGCACCGUCCUCGGCAAGCGCGCUCACCAAGCUACCACAGAGCCGACGACAUCGAUUGACGUAGGAUGCGGGUCAGGCAACACUGUGCUUCCUUCACCAGACCCAACCCCAGAUCCGAAGCGUCCUCGCACAUCGUUUACCCAGUUUGAUGACGACGGAAAUAAAGAGAACGUGCCGCCGUUCGUCGUAGAGUAUAUCAACUCCCCCUCCGUCCGAAUGACGCGUCCUUUUCGUCGGACAAAUAGCGAAACAGCAAAUUCUUUCAGAGAAAACACUCCGCCACGCAGACGCUCUUCGGCAUCGAAUACCCUAUCCGCACCGCAGACUCCCGUCAACCCCUUGUCUCAACACGCCUUGGCAACCCCGCCUUCCUCCCCGCCCCAAAUUCUCCGGCCUCUGCACAUGCGCGCACAGGCACUACUUCGAUCCACUUGCAAUGACCGUACAGAGUUCGCUGGACGGCAAGUGGAGCGUGAAACAAUGCGUGACUUCAUAAUGUCUCUGAUCUCGCAAACGGCGGACUCUGUGUCUGCUUCGACUCUAUACAUCUCAGGCUUGCCGGGAACGGGAAAGACCGCGCUUGUAAACGCGGUCCUAGAAAGCCUCGCCACCGAAGUCAAGCAGGGAGGGGUGCAAGUCUUUUUUAUCAACUGUAUGGCUCUCCACGGCGUCGAUGCCGUAUGGGAUCGCCUCGCUGAGAUACUCAAUAUUAGGGAAAAGGUAGUCAGCGUGGGCCGCAAAAGCAAAAAACCAAAGGAGACUCCAAUUGAGCUCGUCGAGCGUUUCUUCGCCGAGCGGGAACAAAAAUGCAUUAUUAUUCUUGACGAGCUUGAUCAUAUUACUUCGACCGCUCAAUCUCUCAACUCUCUCUUCAUGCUCGCCCACAGCAACGUUUCAAAAGUCCGACUCAUUGGGAUCGCAAAUACCCAUACACUCACAUCUUCCUCCACUGCCUCAUCCUCUGUCAAAUCUCUCGCGGGGGUCGAAACGUUGCACUUCGCACCGUACUGCCCCCAAGACUUGGUGGAUAUCGUUAAUUCCCGUCUUUCGUCACUGUCAAACGAUGACGAUAUUGCGGAGCGGUUCAAGGAGUUCCUGCCUGCAUUGGCAGUGACUUUGCUGAGCCGAAAGAUUGCCGCGCAGACCGGGGACGUUCGUGCCAUGUUCGAGGUGCUGCGGGGCGCAAUUGAUCUAGCGGCGACUCCGACGUCUCCUGAUUCACUGAUGUCUCACAUGCCCAGUGUCACCCCGUCAUGCAUACUCACCGCUCUGAAGGCUUACCUCUCUGUCAGCGCGCAAGCCAAAUCUGCUUCCUCUUCAUCGUCGCCUUCCGCAUCUCAAGGCACUACGAAGACACUCAGUGACAGUGAGACGAUCAUAAAAGUCAGAGAGCUCGGCUUGCAACAGCGCCUCGCCUUGCUGGCGCUGCUAUCAGCUCGUAAGCGCGUGGAAGCCGGGCUCGCUCUGUCUAGUUCUCAUCCUGCCGCUUCACCAACGAAGUCUGCUCGAUCGCCCAUUAAGCGGACGCAGUCUGUGCCCACGAUCUCGACUGCGCCGUCUCUGGAUGUCAUGCAGCUUCACUCGUACUAUUCUUCCAUUCUGACAGGUGACCGUUCGCCCCUCCCUCCUGUCUCCCGUAGUGAGUUCGCCGACUUACUCGGCAUGCUUGAGACCGCCGGGCUUGUCACUUUGUCCUCUGGUAGCGUUAGCCUGCUCGGUUCUCCAUCGAAGUCUCGCAGGAGAAUCGGCCGUACAACGUCGUUCAACAUGACUGGUGCCAAGGGCUGCCAAGAGGUCCGUCUCACGGAAGGAGUACGUGUCGAAGAGAUCUCCCGUUGCCUGGGUAUCGCAGACAGCCAGAGCGAGACCUCAGACGUGCGUGAAGAGGAGAUACGCGCCAUAUGGGAACAAGAAUGCGCUCGGAUCGCAAGGGAGGUCAAAGCGAACGCGCCUGUUUGUAAUGAUGUAUUCGAUGACGCGACGCAUGCUUGA